GGCUCGGGGUGGUGGGGGGCGGGGAGAUGAACGCUGCGGCCAGCAGCUACCCCAUGGCCUCCCUGUACGUGGGCGACCUGCACUCGGACGUCACCGAGGCCAUGCUGUACGAAAAGUUCAGCCCCGCGGGGCCUGUGCUGUCCAUCCGGGUCUGCCGCGAUAUGAUCACCCGCCGCUCCCUGGGCUAUGCCUACGUCAACUUCCAGCAGCCGGCCGACGCUGAGCGGGCUUUGGACACCAUGAACUUUGAUGUGAUUAAGGGAAAGCCAAUCCGCAUCAUGUGGUCUCAGAGGGAUCCCUCUUUGAGAAAAUCUGGUGUGGGAAAUGUCUUCAUCAAGAACCUGGACAAAUCUAUAGAUAACAAGGCACUUUAUGAUACUUUUUCUGCUUUUGGAAACAUUCUAUCCUGCAAGGUGGUGUGUGAUGAGAACGGCUCUAAGGGUUAUGCAUUUGUCCACUUCGAGACCCAAGAGGCUGCCGACAAGGCCAUCGAGAAGAUGAAUGGCAUGCUCCUCAAUGACCGCAAAGUAUUUGUGGGCAGAUUCAAGUCUCGCAAAGAGCGGGAAGCUGAGCUGGGAGCCAAAGCCAAGGAAUUCACCAAUGUUUAUAUCAAAAACUUUGGGGAAGAGGUGGAUGAUGAGAGUCUGAAAGAGCUAUUCAGUCAGUUUGGUAAGACCCUAAGUGUCAAGGUGAUGAGAGAUCCCAGUGGGAAAUCCAAAGGCUUUGGCUUUGUGAGUUACGAAAAACACGAGGAUGCCAAUAAGGCUGUGGAAGAGAUGAAUGGAAAAGAAAUAAGUGGUAAAAUAAUAUUUGUAGGCCGUGCACAAAAGAAAGUAGAACGGCAGGCAGAGUUAAAACGGAAAUUUGAGCAGCUGAAACAGGAGAGAAUUAGUCGAUAUCAGGGAGUGAAUCUCUACAUUAAGAACUUGGAUGACACUAUUGAUGAUGAGAAAUUAAGGAAAGAAUUUUCUCCUUUUGGAUCAAUUACCAGUGCUAAGGUAAUGCUGGAGGAUGGAAGAAGCAAAGGGUUUGGCUUCGUCUGCUUCUCAUCUCCUGAAGAGGCAACCAAAGCAGUCACUGAGAUGAAUGGACGCAUCGUGGGCUCCAAGCCACUAUAUGUUGCCCUGGCCCAGAGGAAGGAAGAGAGAAAGGCUCACCUGACCAACCAGUAUAUGCAACGAGUGGCUGGAAUGAGAGCACUUCCUGCCAAUGCCAUCUUAAAUCAGUUCCAGCCUGCGGCGGGUGGCUACUUCGUGCCAGCAGUCCCACAGGCUCAGGGAAGGCCUCCAUAUUAUACACCUAACCAGUUAGCGCAGAUGAGGCCUAAUCCACGCUGGCAGCAAGGUGGGAGACCUCAAGGCUUCCAAGGAAUGCCAAGUGCUAUACGCCAGUCUGGGCCUCGUCCAACUCUUCGCCAUCUGGCUCCAACUGGUAAUGCUCCGGCCUCUCGUGGCCUCCCUACUACCACUCAGAGAGUCGGGUCUGAGUGCCCGGACCGCUUGGCUAUGGACUUUGGUGGGGCUGGUGCCGCCCAGCAAGGGCUGACUGACAGCUGCCAGUCUGGAGGCGUUCCCACAGCUGUGCAGAACUUAGCGCCACGCGCUGCUGUUGCCGCUGCUGCUCCCCGUGCUGUUGCCCCCUACAAAUACGCCUCCAGUGUCCGCAGCCCUCAUCCUGCCAUACAGCCUCUGCAGGCACCCCAGCCUGCGGUCCAUGUGCAGGGGCAGGAGCCACUGACUGCCUCCAUGCUGGCUGCAGCACCCCCCCAGGAACAGAAGCAGAUGCUGGGAGAACGCUUGUUCCCACUCAUCCAAACAAUGCAUUCAAACUUGGCUGGGAAGAUCACGGGAAUGCUGCUGGAGAUCGACAACUCUGAGCUGCUGCACAUGUUAGAGUCCCCCGAGUCUCUCCGCUCCAAGGUAGAUGAAGCUGUAGCAGUUCUACAGGCUCAUCAUGCCAAGAAAGAAGCUGCCCAGAAGGUGGGCGCUGUUGCUGCUGCUACCUCUUAGACAAGGAAAAACCGAUUCAAAAGCCAAAUAACCCCUUACGGAAUUCAGCUCAAGGUUUGAAGACUUCUAGCUUGUCCUAUGGACCUCAACACCAACGAUUACAAAUUGCAAAUUUAAUAGGUCAUUUUGUAUCAAAAGGUCAAUUAUGAAACACCUAGAAUUUUUCAAUUAUACGAAUAUGUUCUCUGGGUUCUGCUGUGGCCCAGACAGUGUUAACUUUUUUUUUUUUUUUCUAUUGUGGGUUUUGAUUUUUCCCCCAGAAACUGGUUUUAUUUGAUGUACCCAAGUCUUACGUUUCUCAAUAAAGAAAAAAAACUCCAUAAAA